AAACAGCUGUUGUUGUUUUCCUGCGCAUUAGUUGUCGCAGAGGGGUGAAGUGAAGGGCUUGCUUCGCUGUUUGCUUUACGAUGCUGUCGCGAGAUUAGAGAAAGUUUAUAAAAAGCCCUGCUAUUAGCAUUCACCAGCAGUCGGAAAGCAACCAAGUUAAAACCACGUUGGGAUUAACAGCACCAGCAACAAGUGGAUGCUCCAAGUGCAAACAGUUUCAAAGUCAACUCAAAUAUACCCAAAUCCCAGGGGAUCGCAGCGGUUUGGGUGAGAAUGGCCGAUAGUUGUAAAGUGGACCUACGAAGUCGGCGCCGGGAAAAUCCAUUUGACCGCAACGGCAAUAUCGGAGGCACAGCCAAGGAACAGGCUACAAAUAGCAGACCGAAGCUGACAACCAAAUAUUCCCAAAGGACUAACGAAAUGCCUGCAGGCAAGGAUGGUCAAGAAUCCAGGCGAACACUCAGCGAGAGUUCCGCAGAGAACGUCGGGCACACAGGAUCGAUGACCAGGACCGACGACGACGAAAUGUGGCGCAAUGAACUUGCUAUGAACGCGGACAGCAGCUCCGCUCAGCCCGAAAAGCAAGAGGAACGAAGUCCCAGGACAGGGAAUUCCAAUAUGGGGCUCAGCGAUGCCGUAGAUGUUUUACUCCGCGUUCUCCUCGUCAUUACCUUCUUCAAGCUGGAGACGAUGACAGCUUUCAAGCGGGAAAUCCACGAGGAAGAGUUGUGGCUAUACAAGAAUCCAAGGAGACCGGACAUCGUCAGGGGCGGGGAACUGCUCUUCUGGGUGAUAGUGGCUCCCUUUCUGGUCACUGUCGCCUUCUACUGGUACACAAAAGACAGACGCGACUUCAGAGCCGCCAGCUGGGCGUGGACCUUGGCCUUGUGUUUGAACGGCAUUCCGACGAGCGUACUAAAGAUAACAGUGGGUCGGCCCAGGCCAGACUACUUCUACCGUUGCUUUCCCGAUGGCGUGAUGGUGCUUAACACAACGUCGAGUGGCUUAGACACCUCCAUCCUGGAUUUCAAUUGCACGGGGCUUCCGGGCGACAUAAACGAAGGCCGCAAGAGCUUCCCCAGCGGACACUCUUCAUUCGCCUUUGCUAGUUUCGGUUUUAUUGCCUACUACAUUGGCGCCAAACUGCACGCUUUUGAUGUACGGGGACGCGGCCACACCUGGCGGCUCUGCAUCGCUGUGAUACCUUUGUUCAUCGCACUGCUAGUUGCAGUUAGUCGAACCUGCGACUACCACCACCACUGGCAGGAUGUGACCAUCGGCGGCCUGAUUGGUCUGUUUGCAGGCUACAUAAGCUACAGACAAUACUAUCCCUCCAUCUUCAGCCCUGAAGCCGGCAAACCACUGGUCAGAUGGCCCAGCAGACAGGGAAAGUACCAGCGAUUGUCAGGAAAGGAUGACAAUGUAUGUCAUGAUGAUCGAGCUGGCGGCGAUGCGGUUCGGAGACCUCUCCUCGCUGGCAAGGAAGAGUCUAAAUGGUACUAAAAGCUUUAAAAUAUAGUUAGUUUUGCUUUUCCGCUUAAGCUUUUUAAACAUAUCUAGACAUCGCUUAAUUUUCGGUUUACAAAUGUGCUACUCGUAAUGGGAAGGGUUUGUUAGUACAUAGUUCCUCCAAUAAAACAGCGCGUCAAUCGCUAAACGUAAA